UCGACGGUGCAAAACGCGCUAUGCAUGUUAGUCAAUCCAUACUGUCUUUUUAGAACCGAAAUAGACGUGUCCCUUGAGACCACGUGAUUAAUGUCUGCAUAAAAUGAAAGUGUUGUACAAAAUUAUGGAGACCUUAACGAGCUGCUGGAUCACGUCCCCAUUUCCUUCUUUCAAAGUUUCAAGGAAUUUUGCUAUAGAAAAGAUGACAGUUCCUAAAGUAGCGACUUCUCAAUGGCUGGAACAAAUAAAAAAAUCACUAAGGCAUGGAGAAGAAAAAGGCGUAAUAUCUCAUGCGCAUCCAUAUAUCUUCACCAUACCAGAGCCCCUGCGCAUUGAAAGGCCAGAAGCUUAUGUGCCACAGGUAGUUUCUCUUGGACCUUACCACCAUCUGAAGCUUGAUCUGUAUGACUCUGAAAGAUAUAAAUCUAAGCUUACCAUCAAAGUUGAGGAAAAAGCAAAACAAGGGGCUUUUGAGGAUUUGGUUAAGGAUUUAAUAAGCCUUGGAGGGGAGAUAAGGAACAGCUAUAAUGAUCAAAUUGAGUGUGGAGAUGAAGUAUUAGGGUGGAUGAUGGCUCGAGAUGCUGUAUUUAUCCUGGAAUUUAUUGGCUUUUAUGAACGAUGUGAAAUCCCUAGAAUUCAACAGACAGAUUCUAAUUUUGCAAACAUGGAAGCUGUUUUUCAUCCAGAAAGGAAAAGCCCUUUGUUCCUCCCCCUUCAGGCUGAUAUAUUUAAGCUGGAGAACCAAAUCCCACUUUUCAUUUUGAAAAAGGUUUCGGAAUGGCAGACCGGCUCAGAAACCCAAGCUUUAAAUAGGCUUAAUAUGACAAUUUCAAGAGCCUGUGAAAAGUUCUCCCCUUUCAGGUAUGUUGGGGAUUCCUGUCGUUCCGUUUCAGGAAAACGCUCCAGUGAUUCGCUUGAUGAAAGGCAUAUACUGGAAUGCCUUUACAAUUUCGUCGUGCCCAAGAGAAAUCUUUCUCAGACUAGUGUCCAUUUAGGACAUGAUCAUGAUGGGAUUGUGCUCACGAACACCGCUUUUAAGUUUCUUCAUCAGAUGACAUCAAGAUUAAGAGUGGUUUUGUCUCCAAAAUCAAAUCACAAAGCUGGCAUAAAUCUCCCUGCAGCAACAGAAUUGCGGAGGAAAGGGAUGAAAUUCUCUCCUUUCACAUGGGCAUCUGACGAGAUAAGGUUUGAUAGAGCCACUGCUACGUUGUUCCUCCCUUGCAUACAUAUGGAUUACAGAACAGAUGUUUUCUUGAGGAAUAUGAUGGCACUGGAAGCAUUCAUGAAGUGGAAAACUAGAUAUUUUACUUGCUAUGCAGACCUGAUGGACAGAUUGGUCGACACUCCUAAUGAUGUUGCAAUACUGAAGAAAAAUGGUAUCAUCUAUAGUAAUUUAGGAAGUGAUAAAGAGAUAAGCAUUCUGUGGAAUGGCAUCAGCAGAUCAAUCUGGAGGAGCCCAUAUGAUCCUAUCGACAAUACAAUCAAGGCUGUAAAUGAUUAUUACAGAAGUAGGUAUAGAGUUUUAUUUGGUGAGUUUGUACACGAACAUUUUUCUAAGCCAUGGCAAGUUGUAUCAGUGGUGGGAGCAUUCAUUCUGCUCCUUCUGGCUUUCUUGCAGACAUUAUUCUCAUAUUUUCAACUUGACCAAAAAUGUGAAUGUAAGUGCUCAUAACUUCUGUUUAAAGUAUUUCAUGUCUGUGGCUUCAAUUCCUACCUUCUGUGGUAUAUUCAAGGUUGUGAGUGCAAGGCCUAGCUAGUCCAAUAAGGAACACCAUAAA